AUUAAAUAAUUAACACGGAUGGAGUAUUUUUAUUUCGUUUCUCUCCUUCUGUUCUCGAUAAAAUUCCAAUUCUCAAAUUAAUUGAUAAAAUCCUCUUAGCAUUCAAAUUGCCACCGAAAUCGAAGGAUUGAAACCUCCACUGUGUAAACUCGUGAAAUUAGUUUAGAGUUUUGCUAUGUAACCUAUGCGCUCGAUGUUUAAUUAGUUAAAUAAGAGGUAGUACUGUUUUUCUGGGUUUGAAGCUAAAAGAGGAACUGGGAUUUCUGGGUUUUUUUGUUUUAUUAGGGUGGGAAUACGUGACAUGUGAGUUGUUCAUUACAUAUGGAAUUGAACUCACUGAAGAUUUGAGUUUUGAUAAUGUCAUGGGAAAAUGUAAGGCAUUUAGGGAUGCACAGAAGGUGUUUGAUGAAAUGUUUGGGAGAAAUGUUGUUUCUUGGACUUGUAUCCCGUGUAUGCUUGAUGGGUAUGUUUAUUGUGAGGACUUGAUUAGUGCAGAAAGGGAGUUCGAUGCAAUGCCGAAGAGAAAUCAGGUCUCAUGGAAUGCCAUGAUAUUGAAGGAGAAGACAGAGAUGAAGCAGAGAGCUCAAAGAGGAAGAAGGGAAAAUCAAAGGAGAAAGGAAGGAAGCAAAGGAGGGAAAACUAAAAAAAAAAGGAAUUGGGCUCCAAAAAACAAGGAAAAAUCUUCUAUAAAAUGGGCAUGUUGAUUGACAUAUUAGUCAACUCCAACUCGAUACGACGACUCUGCUUGAACCAUCUCUACAGAGAAGUUAUCUGGGAAAGAAAGGGGAGCUUAAAUAAUAAUUGGUGACGUGGUAUAACUGUCAGGAAAAUACUGUUGCGAGAAUUGAAGUAUUCCGUCCAUUUAAUAUUUUGGCGCUCAAAAACACAAUUCAACACUUUUCCCUGUUACUCUUCUUUGAUCAAACCCAAACACUAAAACAUUCAAGAACAACGUCUCUCUCCUCCCCCUGUAACUCAACUCUGAUUAAACCCAAACACUAAAAUCUUUCAAGACUGUAAUCGCCAUGGAUAACGGGAAGGGCAAGAACAAAGUAGAUGAAUACGAUCAAGAACAGAAUUAUGAAGAUGAAUAUGGCAUUUGUACUUUAAGGCAGAAUCCAGAUAUAAUUGGUAGCAGUUCAAGUUACAAUGAGCUUCCUGAAAGUGGUGAAAAAUCUGUGAUAGCUGAGCCAGAUGAGCCCCUCCGACAGAUAAGUACAGACUUAGUACUGGCAGCUCCAUGUUGUCAAAUUCAACGAUCUCAGAGACUAAGUGAUGAAGGUUCUGGAAGGAAGAGAAUGAGGGAAACUGGUUCAAGUGGCCAGAGUCAAUUUCAUCAUCAGUUGGAAUCUGGUUCAGGGGUCUCGGGUUCAUACCAUUUGGAAAGCCCUGGCACAAGUAAUUCUUCUUCAAGCUUGCCAAUAUCUAACAUGGAUGAGUUGCAGGUGCAGACUAAACUACAUUUGCAGGUUGAGGCUGAGAAGCACUUACAGCUACGCCAGGAUGCAGAACGAAGAUACAUGGCGGUGAUGCUUGAAAGAGUUUGUCAACAAGCCACUCAACCUGGAGACAACCUUAUUCCACCAGCACCGCAGCUAACUACAGACUUCCCAUCUGAGACAUAUUCACCGUAUCUUUACACAAAUAAUUGUGCAUGGCAUAAACAGUUGAAUGUUAGGGAAGUUGAGGAAGAUAUAUCUCAUGCUUCGAGUCAAACUAAUAUGUCCGGGCCUCCAUCUCUGGGGAAUUCUACUUCUGUUCAGACAAGUCUCCCUGAAUUAGAGCCAUCCGAGCCAUCUCAAGGGAUGGGGUCUCAACAAUUUUCUCAUGUUAGGGACAGUGCUUCAAUCAGCCAUCAACUUUCCCAUUCUGAUUUGUUAACGUUAAUGAGAAAUAUGGCGAAUUCUGCCUCUGCUCAAGGCCUGCCAUAUCUACCUGCAUUAGAGCAAUCUCCAUGGAUGGGGCCUCAUCAACUUCCUCAUAACAGUAUCACUGCUUCAACACGCGAGAGGCCAAUGCCCAGCCUUCAACCUGGUGGGGAUCAAGUUGUUCCUUUCUAUCCUGGUUUGGUAAUGGUCACCAGUAGUAUGUCGGAUCAAGUUAUUCCUUUUUAUCCUACUUCUGCUGGAGUCAAUGCCCCAAUAUUUCAGUCGCAGCCUCGAUACAGUUCAACAAAUCAAUAUGCAUUAGUGUCAUCUCCAUGGCUGGAGUCUCAUAUCAGGAACGCUGCUUCAUGUAGCCAGAGUCCAAAUCCUUAUCAGUUGAGAUCUGGUUCAGGUCGACAAGCGCAGCAAGGACCCCCAGCUGGAUUCAACCUUUCUUCAUCAGCACCACAGCUAACCACUCAGACCAUAACAACAUUCUGUCGACAUACGCUGCAAGGCCCCCCACCUGGAUUCAACCAUUCUCUAUCAGCACCACAGAUAAGAACUGAGACCAUAAGAACAAUUUAUCGACAAGUGCAUCGAGGCCCCCCACCUGGAUUCAACCAUCCUCCAUCAGCACCACAACUAACAAACGCAGCACGUCCGCUUCAGCUUCGUCUUCAUAAUUUUCUUACAGAAUGGCAGUUAAUAUGGAAUGAUAUGAAUAGGGAGAGACAUGAUACUUUGGGGUCUGGCGUGAAUAAUUCCCAAAAUCUGCAGAGCAUGAUUGCUCCAUUGAAGUCUGAAGUGGCUGAUUUAAGAAAUCAAAUUUUCAAGCUAGAAGCUGAGUUAAAUGAAGCAGAAAACCAGGAAUCCAGGGAUCCUGAUAAUGCAGAGGAGCCUUAAUGGACUGAACUUCCAGGAUUUGGUAGUUGCAAUUCCUGUUGUCUUUAGCUGAUUUCUAUAAAAAACAUGCACUGUAGUAUGUUCCUAGAUGUCACCUGAAUGUUCUCUGCUAUCAGGCAGCCGUUGUCUGAAUUGUUUUGGACAUAGUAAUAAUGAGUUUUAAUUCGUGAUACGGGAAUGUGGAUGAUACUCCUUUACCUUUACUUCAUUCCUCAUAUGCAAUUUAUGCAUUCUGAUA